GAAAUAACCAUUCUCAAUAUGUGUACGUACUCAUGCACGAGCCUCGCCUGCCAUUACCCUCCCCCCUUCGCGUGAACGCGUAUAUAAAUACCUCACCGCGCGGCCGCGUUCCACACUCUCGAGAUCAACGCCAUUUUGUCCUGUAAGCAGAGAUUUCCUUGAAUAUUUCAUCACCAUGAGUGGAUGUCGUGUGUUUAUCGGCCGUCUGAGCCCUCAUGCUCGUGAAAGAGACGUGGAGAAGUUCUUCAAAGGCUAUGGACGCAUUCGGGAGAUUAACCUGAAAAACGGGUUUGGCUUUGUGGAGUUUGACGAUCACAGGGACGCCGAUGAUGCAGUGUAUGAGCUGAAUGGAAAAGAGCUGUGCAGUGAGAGGGUAACCAUUGAGCAUGCACGCUCUCGCAGAGGAAGAGGUGGCGGCCCAGGAAUGGGAGGACGUUUCUCUCCACGCUUUGGAGGGUAUCGUAAAUCCCGCAGUGGGGGUUCCAGGUAUGGACCACCCGUGCGCACGGAACACAGAAUCAUUGUGGAGAAUCUUUCCUCUCGCAUCAGCUGGCAGCUGUGCUCUGGUAUUCUUUAAUUGGAGUUGCAUGCACAGCCUCCGAGGUGCAUAGCGCCCUCCCCUGGUUGUGUUCUGAGUAGUGUCCCUGUGGUGCCUCACCCGACACGCAGUGUCUGCCGGUCUAAGUCUUGGCUGGGUCCGUAGCGCCAGACAGAGCCGUAGCACAGGAUAGCCUUAUAGGAGCUGGGUAGCUGCUCUCUGGAGGGUCUGUGAUGUCAGAUCUGCUCCAUCCCCCCCCCGAUCUGCUGUUUGGGUCUUAUUCUGUUGGUGCUGAAGCGGGGAGGGGUGCAGGGUUUUGGCCCCUCCCCCAUCCUCUCUCUCUCUCUGGUGGGGUCCGUACUUACGGAGGCCGGAUGGGUCGAGUCCGAGGUCGUUUUAACGCUUCGUUGCUUCCGUUUGCUAUUUGGACAAGUGGCUCUUUGCUAAUGCCUUCUGUGGUUUGGAACGGUAAGUAGCUCAUCACACUGGAUAGUCACAUGGUAAAGAGGGUUCUGUCACUUUAAAUCUGGAGUUAUGUGUAAAUGGAGAAAGACUGCCGGUAGGAAGUUUUGAGAUUUGCACAAAAUCUAAAUAACAAAAUGAGAACCUGUUCUCAGGGACUAGAUGUAGUCAGGCGUGUCUCCAUCUGAGGGCUU